GUCACCUCAUGAACAGGCAGGGACGAGGUUGGGCAAGAGUUGUGCGAACGAAAUAAACUUUUCCUCCAGUUUUAUCAUCUUUCCACCAUCUUUAUCUACUCUUCAACAUUCCUGUCUAACUGCCUAUUGACUGAAGGUCAUUUGAAUUGAGGGCAGAAUACGUCAGCAAGACUGCCCAUCAUGGUGAAUCUCGCGCUUGCUUAUCCCAUUCUGCUCCUAGCUGCGAUAGCUGUUGCAAUUUACGUGCAGGUUACUUCGAGCACGUUAUCGCUCCCCCUACCGACUGGUGCAACCGUGCUCGCCAUCAUCUUACCUGUCAUCGCAGCCGCAAACGUUUUCUACACCCCGCUUCUCCAUAGGUUCUUACGGUCUCGAUUCAGCUCACUCGCAACACAGCAGCUCCUGCCUAUCGCGCUGCAAGUCAUCCAAGGCAUAUUGACAGUUGUCCUGGCGACACUCUCGGCCCAAGGUUUCGUGCCAGGGAGGUUGCUCGAGUGUAGCCUUGAGGGGAACUGGCAACGCCUGUAUAGCGCUAACGAUGGCCAAUCUAUCAUGAGAAUCCAGGAUGCCUUUAACUGCUGUGGGCUCCGUUCCACUAAGGACCGCGAUUGGCCGAAAACUCAUAAAUGUUUAGAGACGUAUCCUGGUAGAUCCACCAACUGCCUUGUCCCUUGGCAAGCUGCAGAGCAGAGGACUGCGGGGCUUGAAUUUGCUGUCGUGGUGGUUGUCGGAAUGCUUCAGCUGAUCCAUCUUGCCUUCUUCCGAUUGCGUAACUCUGGAGGUGCUCGAGCUAGACUCGGUUACAGGCGUCUUACGCAGAGCGUCGGUGCAAAUCCUAAUGAGGGGCUUCUCGAAAACCAAGCUGCUGACGAUGACGAGGACGAUGCGGGCGUAGGUGAGAGUGGAAUCCAGAAUGGUCGUCGUGACCUCGAGGAUGGUCCGAACCAUAGAAUCGAACCAACCGGCCUUGGUGAAGAAUCAAACAACUGGAGAUGAACAUAUUCAUUGGAGAGAGUUGCAUAUAUCACUUCCGGUAAUCAAGACGAAGCGUCUCUUCAGUAAAGGUCUAGUGGAAAUGGGAGAAGAGAGUGGCUACGACUAGCUGGACCUGUAGAGUACAGGUAAGGAUUCCGGCUGGUAGAAUAGUUUAGUACGAGGAUGAUGUCUUAUGACUUGGCACUAUCAUGAAAGGUUUAAGUGGCGAAUGAGGGGGAAGUGAUGGGGUAUUAGGGCGACUGUGUAAUUUUAAGAAUAUCGCAGCUUUUUACAUCAGUCCCGUAAUCCAAAGUCUCGACAUUAUAGCUCUUCCUAGUAUAUGCGCGGAAUCAGCUGUAGCAUUGGCAUCAAAUGUAGAACGAGUACUUGCCGUAUUGGGAU